AUGUGUUACAAUGAUGUUGAUCUUUUGGAACCAAAUCACAAACUUUUUGGGUUAAAGCAGCAGCUGGCCAUCAUUAAUAGCCCUGGAUUGUUGACUAUUGAGCGUGCCAUUAGCUACAUUUUCAUUGGACCAAGAAGCUGCAAGAUUGAUUGCAGAUGGAAAGCCAAGAGUUCAAAUGGUGGAGCUGCUGAAAAGAGAAAGCCUAAGCUUGACACCAUCUACAUUGACAAACGCGGGAAAUACAGAAGCUUCAACCACAAGAAAGUGUCUAGGAAACGAUGUGGUUCUCUAAGGAGCCGAGGAUGGAAGUAUGGAUCCGGAUUUGUUGAUGGAAUUUUCCCAGUGAUGAGCCCCACUGCUGAGCAGAUUCUGGACAUUGUACAGAACAAAGCUGAUAGAGUCAAAAUUUGGGAAGUUCUUGACACUCUUCCAGCCUCUCAUAUCAUAUGGGAUGACAUCAUUAAUGUAGCUGUUCAACUUCGUCUCAAUAAAAUGUGGGAUUCCAUAAUUUUGAUAUGUGAGUGGAUCUUGCACAAGAGCUCCUACAAGCCAGAUGUAAUCUGCUACAAUUUACUGCUUGAUGCUUAUGGGCAGAAAUCACAGCAUAAAGAUGCAGAAUCCACAUAUUUAGAACUUCUUGAAGCUCGAUGCAUUCCCACCGAGGACACUUAUGCCCUUCUUAUAAAGGCCUACUGCAAGUCUGGAUUGCUUGAUAGGGCUGAAGCCACUUUUGGUGAAAUGCGAAAGUAUGGUCUUCCUCCAAGUGCAAUUGUGUUCGAUGCUUAUAUUAAUGGGUUGAUAAAAGGAGGAAACCCACAAAAAGCAGAAGAGAUCUUUCAGAGGAUGAAAAGAGAUCAAUGUGAACCUUCUGCUGACACUUAUACUAUGUUAAUCAAUAUAUAUGGGAAGGCAAGAAAAUCCUAUAUGGCUCUAAAACUGUUCCGUGAAAUGAGAAGUCAGAAAUGUAAACCGAACAUAUGCACAUAUACUGCUUUGAUAAAUGCAUUUGCUAGGGAAGGACAUUGUGAGAAAGCAGAAGAAAUAUUUGAGCAGCUACAAGAGGCAGGGCUUGAGCCUGAUGUAUAUGCUUAUAACGCCCUUAUGGAAGCCUACAGUCGAGCAGGAUAUCCUUAUGGAGCUGCAGAAAUUUUCUCUUUGAUGCAACACAUGGGAUGUGAACCAGAUAGAGCUUCAUAUAAUAUCAUGGUAGAUGCAUAUGGUAGAGGUGGUCUGCAUGAAGACGCGCAAGCGGCAUUUGAAGAGAUGAAGCGAUUAGGCAUAACCCCAACAAUCAAAUCCCACAUGCUACUUUUAUCCGCGUACUCCAAAGCUGGGAAUGUAGCUAAGUGUGAAGAAAUUGUGAACCAGAUGCAAGAAUCUGGUUUGGCACUAGACACAUUUGUGAUUAACAGUAUGCUAAACCUGUAUGGCCGGUUAGGACAGCUAGAAAAAAUGGAGGAAGUUUUGACUGCCCUGGAAAAAGGACCAUAUGCAGCUGAUAUCAGUACAUACAAUAUCUUGAUCAACAUAUAUGGAAGGGCAGGAUUUUUUGACAAGAUGGAAGAGCUCUUUCAAUCACUUCCAUUAAAAAAGUUAAAACCUGAUGUUGUGACAUGGACUUCUCGUCUUGGAGCCUACUCUAAGAAGAAACUAUACACAAGAUGCUUGGAAAUCUUUGAAGAAAUGAUUGAUGCCGGUUGCUAUCCAGAUGGCGGAACUGCCAAAGUACUUCUUGCUUCCUGCUCAAGCAAAGAUCAAACCCAGCAGGUUAGUACUGUUAUUAGAACAAUGCACAAGGAUGUGAGGACUGUCUUACCUAUCUGA